AUGAAUUCGAUUCAUGUCCUUAAUGGGGAUAGCUUUAAGGGCUGGAAAGAGAAUAUGGAGAUUUUUAUUGGGUAUAUAGAUCUUGAUCUUGCAUUAAGGAUGAAACAACCACUUUCUCUUACGAAAUCUAGUACCUCUGAACAGAGGAAAUAUUAUAAGAAGUGGGAUCACUCUAAUUGCAUGAGUCUCAUGAUCAUUAAGUGUGGCAUUCCUGAGGUCAUUAGGGGAACUAUCUUGGAAGAGAUAACAAGUGCCAAAAAUAUCCAUGCUAAAAUUGAAAAGCACUUCAAGAAAAGUGAUAAGGCAGAAACAAGCACUCUUCUUCCGAACUUGAUUUCUAUGAAGUAUCAAGGAAAAGCAAAUAUAAGGGAAUACAUUAUGGGCAUGUCAAACAUUGUUUCAAAACUUAAGACACUAAUGUUUGAGUUGUCAUAA